UGAGCAAUUGAGGGGACUGAGAGAGAUCCACGCGGAGCCUGGCAUUUUCUGUGCUUCAUCACAAGGCGUGCUGCUGGCCAGGCUACUUAAGCACCCUUUUCACAAGAAAAUCUCAUGGGAGAUCCAGCUGGCAGACUCAAGGAGUUCAAGAAACAGGACCACAGAGGUUACACUCUGGGAUCCUGGCCAUGAGGUUGGAUGCCUCACCUUGCUAAAAAGAGACACUGGACCUAAAUGGCACAGCAUGACUUUGUUCCUGCUUGGCUAAAUUUCUCAACACCACAGUCAGCUAAGUCACCUACAGCCACCUUCGAAAAACAUAGAGAACAUCUUCCCCGAGGAGAAGGUAGAUUUGGAGUAAGCCGCCGUCGACACAAUUCCUCUGAUGGCUUUUUUAACAAUGGACCCCUACAAACUACAGAUUCCUGGCACCAGCCCUCCCUGUUCCACCAUGAUUCUGUGGACUCUGGUGUCUCUAAAGGAGCAUACGCUGGAAUCACAGGGAACACAUCUGGUUGGCAUGGCUCUUCGCGAGGUCAUCGCGAUGGUGUGAGCCAGCGGAGUGGAGGUGGAGCAGGGAACCAUCGACACUGGAAUGGCAGCUUGCAUACCCGGAAAGGCUGUGCCUUUCAGGAAAAGCCUCCAACAGAGAUUAGGGAAGAAAAGAAAGAAGACAAGGUGGAAAAACUACAAUUUGAAGAGGAAGAUUUUCCUUCUUUGAAUCCAGAAGCUGGCAAACAGAAUCAGCCAUGCAGACCUAUUGGGACCCUUUCUGGAGUGUGGAAAAACCCACCUAGUGCCAAGCAACCUUCCAAGAUGUUAGUCAUCAAAAAAAUUUCCAAAGAGGAUCCUGCUGCUGCCUUCUCUGCUGCAUUCACCUCACCAGGAUCUCACCAUGCAAAUGGGAACAAAGCAUGAACCAUGGUUCCAAGUGUCUAUAAGAACUUGGUUCCUAAGCCUGCACCACCUCCUUCCAAGCUCAAUGCAUGGAAAGCUAACAGAUUGGAACACAAAUCAGGAUCCCUUUCCUCUAGCCAGGAGUCUGCUUUUACCAGUCCAAUCUCUGUUACUAAGCCAGUGGCACAGGCUGGUGCUGCAGUUCUAAACUCUCCCAAAGAUCCCUCCAGCACCACCCCUCCAAUUGAGAUCAGCUCCUCUCGUCUGACCAAGUUGACCCGCCGAACCACUGACAGGAAGAGUGAGUUCCUGAAGACUCUGAAGGAUGACCGAAAUGGAGACUUCUCAGAGAGCAGAGACUGUGGCAAACCUGAGGAUCUGGAGGACAACAGCACACCUGAACCAAAGGAAAAUAGAGAUGAAGGCUGUCAUCAGAAUGGUCUUUCUCUCCCUGUAGUGGAAGAAGGGGAGGUCCUCUCACACUCCCUGGAGGCGGAGCACAGGUUACUGAAAGCAAUGGGAUGGCAGGAAUACCCUGAAAAUGAUGAGAAUUGCCUUCCCCUCACAGAAGAUGAGCUCAAAGAGUUCCACAGGAAGACAGAGCAGCUGAGAGGAAACGGCUUCAGGAAAAAUGGCUUCUUGCAGAGCCGCAGUUCCGGCCUGUUCUCCCCUUGGAGAAGCACUGGUAAAGCAGAGUUUGAGGACUCAGACACGGAAACCAGUAGCAGUGAAGCAUCAGAUGAUGAUGCCUGGAAAUAG